AUGGCUCCGUGGGAACCUAUAGGAGCCAAGUGGUCUCCCAAGAUGAGCUACGAGAGGCACUCCGUGAACAAGCAAGAACUGCCCAGCAGGACUGAAGCCCGAAAGGUGGCUGAACGGGUGGAGCAGGAAGUGUCUCAGCACCUCAUUGAGCAACAAAAGGCGAGUGAGGAGCAUGAGUUGAAGCUGAAGGACUUGGCUGAGCUGAAGCGGCAGCUAGCAGUUGCCAAGAGCCACUUUGAGGAACAGCAGCUGUUGCAGGAGCAGACUGCCCGAGCUCUCGAAGCUUCCCGGAAGAGCCAUGGCUCGGAAGACCUCGCCCGGCAGCUACACCAGCAGCAGGAGGAGCUGGCGUCCUGCUUGAGGGAUCGCAACGAACUCCAUGAACAGGUCGAGAAAGCAACGACCAAGUUUCGGGAGGAUGUCUUUGCAUUGAACCAGCAACAGUCCGAGUUGGAAAGCCUCUUGGAGGAUAGAAACAACGAGAUCAAGCUGCUCAUGUACAGAUUACAGGAGCUAUCGUCUCGCUAUGCGCCGCUCAAGGGUGAUGCAACGGACAUGAUCCUGGGACGCUGGAUCAACGGCUAUAGGCCAGCGGUGCCAUUCUUCCGGCUCUCCCAGGGCUUGUACCUCUUUGGGCGUCGACAGGUGAUUUGCAAGAUCUCCAACGACAAACCCGUCUUUCGAGUUGGUGGCGGCUUCAUAGGCUUCGAAAAGUUCCUUGAACAAUUUGCCUCAGAGGAGCUGGAGAGACUCUUGACCUACGAUUUGGAUGACCGGACUGGGGAGCCAAAGUUCCUUGAAGGCUUAAAGGCCAAGCAGCUGAUAGAAGAGUCUGGAAUCGUAGAGGAGAAGGGGCCGAAGGGGUUGAUUUGGCAGCAGGAUGCUCUAAUUUUGAAUAUAUAA